AUGGCCAGAGUCUGUCCCCACAUCCCUGCUGCGGAGCUGGCGGCGGGGGCGGCACCGGUCGCGGUCAUUCGCCGUCAUUUCUGCCGGAGGUGGAAUAGCUGGGGGGGCGCCGGGGCCGGAGGACGAGGGGGGUCCCGGGGCCCUGAGAACGGGGCGGUGGUCGCGUGGUGCCGGCAGCGAAGGUCGCGCCCCGGGAUGCUGGUGGCGGCAGCGGUGGCCGCGGCGGUGGCCGUGGCGGUGACCCUGGCCUUGGCUCUGGCCAGGGCCCUGCCCGCCGCCCCGGCACUACCGCACGCCCUGGCCCGCUCCGUGCUGCUCCGCGCCGCGGGCCGGUGCCGCCGGCGGCUGGAGCUGGGAUGCAGCGAGGUGCGGCGGGGCCAGGAGCGGCGGCUGCAGCGGCUGCUGCCUCCUGGCACGGCCCGCGGUUCUGAAGCUUUCCGGGGGCAGCACCCGCUGGGGCCGGGCUGCGCCGGGGAGGAGCCGGGAGGGCCGGUCCCCCCGCUGCCUCUCUGGGCUGUGCUCUGCAGCUGGUGGGGCACCGACCCCCUGCUACAGGGGUCCCUUCUUUACCUGGACACCCUCCGUGCCACCUUCCCGCGGGCACUGGCCCCCUGCAGCACAGCCCUGCUCUCCUGGUCACACGGUAGCCCCCGUGCCCCGGCAGGCUGGCCCCUGCCCACCCUGUACUGCCCCCCAGCCCUGGCGGGCGCCCUGCCCUCGAGGGCUGCCGCGCUGCGGGUGCAGCUGCUCUUCGCCCUGCGGGAGCGCGGCCUGCGGGUGCUGGAGGCCGGGCUGGCUGCUGAGCUGCACGAUGCGCUGCGGGCCCUGCGGACCGGCUGGCCCGAGCUGGCCCAGGAGCUGGCGCUGGGCAGGCUGAGCCCCCAGCCCGGGCUGCCCGAGGGGGUGCGGGGCCGGCUGCAGGCCCUGCUGGCCCCUGAUGCCACGCGGGCGGCCGAGCUCCGGGCCGAGUGUUCCCGCGGCUUCGAGGGCAUCGUGCGGCGCCUGUGGCCGCAGCUGGAGCUGGUGGUGGUGGGGACGGCGCAGGGCGCAGAGCAGCAGUACUGCCGUGUCCUGCGCCAGGCCGACUGCGCGGGGCUGCCUGUCUACUGCCCCUUCUACCGGGCAGCGGGAGCCCUGCUGGGUGUGAACCUGUGGCCAGAGAAGCCAGUGCCCCGAUUCCUGCUCUGUCCUGACUGGGCUUUUUAUGAGUUCCUGCCUUGCCUGGCCGAGGAGGAGCCACAGACGAUGCUGCUGGGCGAGCUCUGGGAGGGACGCGAGUACCAACUGGUCCUGACAGCCCAGUCAGGAGAGUACAGGUGCCCUGCCGGGGAGGUGCUGAGGGUCACUGGUUUCCACAAGCAGUGUCCCGUGGUAGAGCCUGUGCGUAGGGAGAGCCAGACACUGAGCGUGCGGGGCGAGAGCAUUCCUGAGGAUCGGUUCUGUCGGAGCCUGUGCCGCGCCGUGGGCAUGUGGCCGGGCGCUCGUCUGGUCGACUAUGUCUGCGUGGAGAGUGAUCUGCUGGGCGCCUCUUCGGGGAUCUGCGCCCCGCACUACGAGGUGUUCGUGGAGCUGCAGGGCCUACGGGACCUGUCGGAGGGGCAGCGCUACAAGCUGGACCAGUGUCUCCAGGAGGAUUUUUCUCUCUAUAAAUCCUUCCGCUUCAAGGGCAGCAUUGGGCCCCUGCGCCUGCACCUGGUGGGGGCUGGAGCCUUUGCCCGGCUGCGGGAGGCACUGGGCCCCCCCGGUCCCAUGCCCAGGGUCCUGCGGGAGGAGCGGCUGCUGCAGCUUGUCCAAAGCUCUGUCAUCUCCUAGGGCAGGUCGAGGGUCCAGCAGCCCUCCCCCCACUCCUGGGGUUCACUUGGCCUGCCCCCCCAGGAGGGCAGUGGGACAAGGGAUGUGAGGGCAAGAGUGCCCAACCCCAGAGGGUUUUGCUGAGUGGAGCAGAUGAAGCUCGACAGCGCCCAUGCUCCGCGGUGGCAGCAGGUGCCAGUGGGCACGUUGCUCGGUGCUGCCCAUGGGGAUGGAGCAGGAUGUGCAGCAUAUCCCAACCCUGCUCCAGGCUCUGGGCACUCACUGGCAGACCUGUCCCUUCUCAGGGCCAUUCUGGGCACAGGGUGGGACCACAGUGAGUGUCACAGGGCAGCUGGGUCCUGUGCCAGCAGCCACAGCUCACCCUGCUCUGCUCAGGGCCUUGGCAGUGCCCACAGGCAGCAGAGUGAGUGCUUGUGCCUUGUCUGAGGGACACCUCGACCACACAGACCACAGGCAGGGCGAGUGGGACAGUGGAAACCUCCCCAGGAGUAGACGGAGGAGCCUUGGGCCUGAGCAGGAGCUCCAGGGCCCUGUGGCAUUCUGUCCCCUGGCAGGGACACCAUGGGCAGGGGCAGUGGUGGCAGGUGCCAGGUGCUGUGGGGUAGCCUCUCCGCUGGGCUCCAGCACAUCCAGGGGUUUAGGGAACAAUAAGGCCACUUUCAAGGUUUAAAAAGCAGGAGCAAAAUAAAGGAGGAUUAUCUCUGAAAAAAUAAAGGGCAGUGCUCUGGAAUUGUUUUUUUUAUAUUAUUAUUUUUAAUCCUCAUUAAAGAGAUUGCUUGAUGACA